UAAAUUCAUUUAUUACAACUCCACAAUCCUCUCUAUCUUUCUAUGGAUUAUUACAUCAACAAGAAGAAGAAGAAGCAGAACAAAACCAAAGCCUUAUCCUUCUUCCUCACCCUAUCCUUCUCACUCUUCUUAUUCUCACUCUACAUAACUUCUCACCACAAUCCCACUCCCCUCCACCAUGUUCCCACCACCCUCUCCGGCGGCGGCGCCGCCGCCUGCCCCGGCAUCCGCCGGCUCGACGACUACGCUGCCAAGUGUGUCUACAUCAAGACACACGGCGGUGGCUGCCGCAGCCAAGGCUACUUCAAUUACCUCGAAAUCUUUUAUUGCGCCGGAAACGCCGUUUUUGGAUACUUCGUUCUCGCCACCUGGCUCGCCGUUUUGUUCUGUUUUUUAGGGCAGACGGCGUCCGAUUACUUCUGCCCAUCGGUCGGGGGGCUUGCGACCGUGCUCAAGCUGCCCCCGACGAUCGCCGGGACAACUCUUCUCCCGUUAGGAAACGGCGCCAACGACGUUUUCUCGAGUAUUAUUUCGUUCGGGCAAUCGGGCAGUGCGGAUAUCGGCCUUAAUGGCGUUUUGGGCGGCGCAUUUUUCAUAUGUUGCGUCGUUGUUGGGGUCGUGAGCGUUUGCGUGGCGCCCCGUGCUGUGACCGUUGACCGGACGUGCUUCGUUCGGGACGUCGUGUUUUUUUUGUUCGUCUUAUGUUGUCUACUCGUGAUCAUCGCCUUGGGGCGGAUCACGUUUUGGUUCGCCCUCGGCUUCGUUUCUCUGUAUCUUUUCUAUAUUGCUUUGGUCUCGGCUACCGAAAUGAUUCGCUAUGACUGUAAGGUCGAUAGCGAAUGCGGUUUGGGUAAUCCGACGGCCGAGGAUGAAUCCAUCGCCGAUCAAAGAAUCCCGUUGCUUGGCGACGCCGGAGUGUUAGAAAUCGACAACCUUAAACGCCGCUCUUGGUGGAGUUCUGUCCUCCGGGGGGUCGAAUUGCUGCUCGAUUUGCCGAGAAUGCUGACAAUCCCGACAACGAUCGAAUCGAAAUGGUCGAAGCCAAUCACGGUAGCGUCGUCGACAUUCGCGCCGAUUCUUCUCGUGAUCAUUUAUGCCGCCGCCCCGGAGCGCGAUUUUCGGACAAGUACCCCGACUCUAACAGCGGGCAUCGUCGCCGGCCUGAUUUUUGGGACUCUGACGCUCGCCUUCACCGGCGCGUCCGCGCCGCCGGCGGGUGUCCGGCGACUCCCGUGGCUGAUCGGCGGCUUUUCGAUGAGCAUCGUGUGGACGUACGUCGUCGCCAGAGAAUUAGUUUCGCUACUACUGGCGAUCGGAGAAGUCGUCGGAAUUAGUCCGGCGAUCCUCGGAUUCACGGUGCUGGCGUGGGGGAACUCGGUCGGCGACCUGGUCGCCGACGUGGCGAUGGCGGUGAAGGGCGGCGCCGACGGGGCGCAAGUGGCGGUGUCGGGGUGCUACGCCGGGGCGGUGUUCAACACAGUGGUGGGGCUGGGGCUGUCGAUGGUGUUUGCGGCGUAUCGGUCGCCGGCGGGGAUUCCCCGGAAUGCUGAGGUGGCGGAGACGGUGGCGUUCUUGAUGGCGGCGCUGGUGUGGGCGCUGUUGGUGCUACCGCGGAGGAAUAUGCAGCUCGAUAGAUGGCUUGGCGGGGGCCUUUUGGUAAUUUACUUUUGCUUUUUGUUUCUCAGGUUGGCUAAGGCUGUUGGAUUGCUUCACUUGCCAAAUUGAGAAUAUCCUUAAUUAGAUGAUUUAUCAUUUAUCUCCCAAUUCCCUAAUUAAUUAAUUGUUUUAAUUUGUUACGCCAUGUUUUUUUUGAAUUUUUACUUUCUUAUUGAAAAAUAGUCU